GUUUCACUCUAUACACACGUCAACAGGCCUUCGACUCGAGUGGAUUUUAUUACUAUUUCAAUAUAGUUUUGUGAAUUUACUUCUAAGGAGGUUCUAAUAGAAAUUAUUGAUAAUGGCCGUUAAGAGCGUACUUCUCGCCUCAGCAUUAAUUGUCUGCGUGUAUGGACGUGUGUUUACAUACCUGAGACCUUUGGAAUACCAACCAUCGUCGACCCAUAUUCACGCUCAAUCUAAGAUUGCUUACGACCUGCAUCAUCAGAUACCUGAAGAUGAACAUGUCGACUAUUAUGCGUACCCGAAGUAUGUAUUCAAAUACGGAGUGAACGACUUUCACACUGGCGACAUCAAAACUCAUCACGAGAGCCGAGACGGUGACGUCGUUAAAGGUCAAUAUUCCUUAGUUGAGCCCGAUGGUUCCAUACGCACUGUGGACUAUACGGCGGAUCCUGUUCACGGAUUUAACGCAGUGGUAUCAAAAGUAGGACCUAGUGUUCACCCUCAACCAAAAGUGCACCGUCCAGUACAACCCAAUAUCGUACAGUACGUUGCGAAACCUGUGCCUGUGCCUGUUCAAAUACCGAGUCAUUACGUGCCGCAACAAAUUUAUGCAUCACCGACACCAUUUUUGUAUUCCAAGGUUGGUGGCCAAUUUCCAGAGUACGACGGCUUCGAACUAGAUGCACCUUCAAACCACUUUUACAAACGCUGAAUUUUUAUUGUGAUAAUACUUUUAUAGCUAUAAGAAUGU